AUGGGUUGUAUCGAAUCUAGAGGAGAUGACGGAAACAAACGUAGAAUUACACUGGACUCACUAAUAAGGAGACUGCGACGGAAUAACAAGGUUGCGCCUUUUACUGAUAAUACAGCUCGUGUAGCUGUAAAUACGGGAACGCCAAUGUUGGAUCUGACAAGGAAGACAGAGCAAGUGGUCAUGCAACAGCUGUGGGCAGAGGGGAUCAUACCAAAAAGGCGUGAAGGGGGUGUGCAAUUCAUCAUUGAAAUUGGAGACAACAAACCAAAACGAUCCUCACAGAGUUUCUCUGCCGCCACACUACCAGGAGUACCGCAGUAUUCCACUGUAGACAAAUCUCGCCCCGUGAUACUGCCGCCCAUUUCGAGAGUAGCGAAAAUGGUGGCAAUAGAAGAGAAAAUGGAUAGGGCCAAAUUGAACCGAGAAAUGAAGAUCCAGGAACGAAAAGCAAAGGCUGCUAAAACCAUCGAGAAGGCACAAAAGAGUCGUGAACGUGUGUUGAAUGGACAAUAA